UUUUUGGGGGGAGGGGGCAGCACUGGUCUGUUGAUCUCUGGACUGGACUUUCUGAAUAAAUUUGUGUUAACAUCCCUAGUGUGUGGACUAGGGCAAAGUGGACCCUGGUUUUCUGCCUGGAACACAUGUGGAGUAGCUGGCACCAUCAUGUAUACCAGUGCAUUUAAUAAAAAGGUCUUGAUUUUUCCUCUUUUAAACAUUCAUUUCACUUCUUUAGGAUCCAUUAAAUAUAUUAAAUGUGAUAUACUUUGAGAACUGUUCAUAUGUCCAGUCUUGUAAUAUUUUGGCAUUUAAUUGUAAUAUUCCCAAGACUGCAGUAUUUCAAAAAUUUUAAUUUUGAAGUAAAAAUAUGCAGACAUAGAGGUGUAUCUGUUUUUCAGUACUGCGUCUGUGAUCCAAAGUGUAUUUUCAGUGGCAGCUGACGGAGCUGGGCAACGCUUGUCGUGGAGCGUUUGAACACGGGGUUUGGUUGGACAGCAUGCGCAGUCUUCAACACACGUGCUGUUUGAAAUGGCCCUGUUGACACCUCGGUUUCCUGUUGUCAUUUCUCACCUCGUGCUGCACUCUUUUCGGGGGGAAAGACGUUACGUGAAAAUGCACGCGGCAAUUCCUGUGUUGCCACCAGUUCUGUGUGGGUCACAGAGGAUCAAAGUCACAGCCCGCCGUGGGAAGCGGUGGAAUGAAAGCGCGAGGCAAAAGACGCAGCAAUGGAGGUGAUAAUGAAGUCAAGUGGAGCCAACCUGAAGGUGGAUUUAAAAACAACAAGAAAGCUCCUCAAACCGCAGGUCGAGAAGCGUCGGAGGGAAAGAAUGAACCGCAGUCUGGAGAGCCUGAGAGCGCUGCUGCUGCAGGGGUCCCAACACCAGGCGCUGGCGAGUCGCAGAGUGGAGAAAGCAGAGGUGCUGGAGCACACGGUGCUCUUCCUGCAGAGCGCUGCCCACAGAGGGGCAGCUGAAGGCAGCCAGCAGCAGGACUUCCAGGACGGGUUCUCCACCUGCCUGCAGCGAGCAGCGCGCUUCCUGCGGGACAGCAGGGCGGGGCGGCGGGGGGAGGGGGCGCUGAGCGUCACCCUGUCCCGUCACCUGACGCACCUCGGCCCGCUCCCCAGAGCUCCCAUCAGCCCCCACUCUGCCCACACGCAACCCAAGGGGCAGAGCGCCCAGCUGGGGGGGAAGAACUGGCACUGCAGCCAGCAGCAUGGAGCCACCCUCAGGAACAGCCCCUCCCACCAGCUCAGAGCGGCCCUGGCACACAGACACCCCAACCUGCCCCAACCCUCCCACAGAGAGGCUCUGUCACCCCCCACAAACAGCCAGUCACCAUGGAGACCCUGGUCCUAAAACCAGCCUCAAGAUAGACACUGCCUUCCGAUUGGCUGGGACACUGAAGGAAAGAUUU